AUGGCUGACGUCGGCUACAUCCACCGCGUGGGCGAGGAGCGACCCUCGGGUGGGCCAGCGGGGCUGCAGUCCGCGAGGGCAGUCAACUGGACCAACCCUCGUGGCUAUCACAGCGCCGGAUCCUCGUGGCGGGGGAGAGCCUGGGAUUGGAAGAUUGUGCCUUCAAAGAGCAGGACAGAUAUGGCGACUGAGGCGAAGUUGACUGAGGAGCGUGAGGCAGAUGAUCUAUUCUCCAAGGUUCCUGACUGGCGCCAAGAAGAGCAGCUCCGAGAUCUGGAGCCGGUCACCUUCGAGGAUGUCACUGUGGGCGUGACCAGGGCAGAGUGGAAGGUCCUGACCUCCGAGCAGAAGAACCUGUACAGAGAGGUGAUGGUGGACACGUACCUCAACCUGCUCUCGCUGGCAGAAGCAAAGCCAGGCUUCCACUCCUGUCGCCUCUGCCUUCUGUCUUUCUGCUGUCGGAGGUUCCUGGGCCAGCACGUACUGGAGACCUUCCCAGGCCUGGGCUCAGAUCAUCACUUCCACCCGGGGGUUCCGGUCCUCAGGCAGAAGCUGCAGGAGGAGCGGGAUUCCAGGGAGAGCUGCUGGAGUGGGAACUCUGACGAUGAGGAGAGUGAAGUCUCCACACCCGGGUGUAAGGGAACAGGAACGGGAGUGACUUCAAAGGGCUUCUCUAGCCCUCUCCCAAAUCAGACAGCACGCCCUGGAGAAGGCCAUGCAGCCCCAAUGGAAGGGGACCAAGGCUGGACGGCAUUAGGAACCCCAAGGUUUGGCACCUCAGAUGGUGACCUGAAAUUAAGCCUCACCGUGAAGCCCGCAGCCCACGUCAAGGAGAAGGCCUUUGUGUGUAGCGAGUGUGGCCAGAGCUUUUACUGCAAGUCAAGUCUCAUCAAACACCAGUGGACACACCCAGGGGAGAGGGUUUACAUGUGCCUGGAAUGCAAGCAAGCCUUUAUGGAGGAGGCAGACCUCCUCGCACACCAGAAGACGCACUCGCUGGAGCAGAAGUCGUAUGGGUGCAAAUGCUGCGGGCGCCUCUUCACCCAGCGGGCCUCCCUGUCCAGGCACCAGCGCAUCCACUCGGGGGAGAAGCCUUUCAAGUGCAGGGACUGCGGGCGCACCUUUGCCUGGAAGUCCAACUUGGACGGCGGGAAAGCCCACCUCGUCAUGUACCAGAGGACAUACUCGGCGGACAAAGUGUACAUGUGCCUGCAGUGUGAGCGGGGCUACACGCAGAAGACCCAGCUCAUCAGACACCAGCGGUCCCACAGCAGCGGGAAGCCGUACGCGUGCAGGACGUGCGGCCAGGGCUUCUCCCGCAAGUCCUCGGUCAUCCGGCAUCAGAAGACGCACUCAGGGGAGAGGCCUUUCCAGUGCGCGCAGUGCGGCCGGCGCUUUACCUGGAAGUCGGCCCUGGUUAAACACCAGAGUACACACUCCACGGAGAAGCCGUACGCGUGCAGGGAGUGCGGUCGAGGCUUCAGGCAGAAGGUGGCCCUGCUCACGCACCAGAAGAUGCACUUGGGUGAGAAGCUGUACGUGUGCAUGGAGUGUGGGCGGGGCUUCACCUGGAACUCCAGCUUCCGGACGCACCAGAGGACACACUGGGGCGAGAAGCCUUUUGUGUGCCUGGAGUGCGGUCGGGGCUAUACCUCCAAGUCAGAGUUCCAGCUGCACCAGUCGACACACACAGGAGAAGCCACACGCUUGCAGGAAACGUGUGCAAAGUUUUCUCCUGAAGAUUCAUCUCAGCACAAGUCAGAGGACACGGCCGGGGGCAAGGCCUUACAUGGCCCUUAG